GGCCUCCAGGUGGGGGAGGGGAUGCCCACCUGGUUUGGGGUGGGACCUCUGGGAGGGGCAUGCAGAACCACCCUGGUAAGUGGAGGGCUCUGCAGACAGUGCCACAACCAGAGCCAUGGCAAACCCUCUUCCUCCUGCAUGGUGGAGCGUGGAGGCUCCUGUGUGGCGCUGGGGGCCUCUGAGAUUCCGAACUGGCUGGAAGGAGUGAUGGCUUAGGAAGAGUGAGUGGCAGCGGGGACGCUGGCAGAGAGGCUUGUACAGAUACUGCCCGAUGCAUCCGGCUCAGGCUUGCCGCCCUGUGGUGCUCCUCCCAAACUCAGGGAGCAGGGCUUUCUGUCUUGCUGUAAUGUCUCUCCAGCCAGCUGCAGCUCCUGCUGACUUAUCCCACCCCAGCGCAGGUCAUCCAACGGUGACUUAUGGCCCCAGCCUCCUGGCUCGAUGAGGAUGGCAGGAAAGGGACACAGCCGGCACUGAUGCUGGGAGGCCUCCAGGGAUGGAGAGUGGCCUGGCUGGCAACGGCACAGUUCCUCAAGGACAGCUGGCUGAUUUCAGGGAUGGAGCUGGGCUGGUGAUGAAGGUCAAGCAGGAGAAGCCGGAGCGGCUGCUGCAGACGCUGGCGCCGCAGGCCAUGCUUGUGGAGAAGGACAAGGAGAACAUCUUUCAGCAGCACCGGGGCCUCCCGCCACGCCAGACCAUGGGGCGGCCUCGAGCCCUGGGGGGACAGGAGGAGUCUGGGAGUCCAAGGUGGGCCCCUCCCACUGAGCAGGAUGCGGGGCUGGCAGGCCGGGCUCCCGGGUCAGCCUCCGGCCCCCUGAGCCCCUCGCUUUCCUCCGGCGAGGGUCACUUUGUAUGCCUGGACUGCGGGAAGAGGUUCAGCUGGUGGUCGUCCCUGAAGAUCCACCAGCGCACCCACACCGGGGAGAAGCCGUACCUCUGCGGCAAGUGCGGCAAGAGCUUCAGCCAGAAGCCGAACCUGGCGCGCCACCAGCGGCACCACACGGGCGAGCGACCCUUCUGCUGCCCCGAGUGCGCGCGGCGCUUCAGCCAGAAGCAGCACCUGCUCAAGCACCAGAAGACCCACUCCCGGCCCGCCACCCACUCGUGCCCCGAGUGCGAGCGCUGCUUCCGUCACCAGGUGGGCCUCCGCAUCCACCAGCGCGCGCACGCCCGGGACCGCCAGGGCUCCCGCGCCGGCUUGCACGAGCUGAUUCGGGACGCGGCGGCACGCCGGGCCUGUCGCCUGCAGCCGGGGCCGCCGCGGGGGCGCCCCGAGUGGGCCUGGCUGGGGCUCUGCCAGGGCUGGUGGGGCCAGCCCGGGGCCCGGACCGCGGUCUCCGGCCCCGAGGGGCCGGGCGAGCAGCGCCAGUUCAUCUGCAACGAGUGUGGCAAGAGCUUCACCUGGUGGUCGUCGCUGAACAUCCACCAGCGCAUCCACACUGGCGAGCGCCCCUAUGCGUGCCCCGAGUGCGGCCGCCGCUUCAGCCAGAAGCCCAACCUGACGCGGCACCUGCGCAACCACACAGGCGAGCGCCCGCACCCCUGCCCGCACUGCGGCCGCGGUUUCCGCCAGAAGCAGCACCUGCUCAAGCACCUGCGCACGCACCUGCCCGGCGCCCAGGCUGCGCCCUGCCCCAGCUGCGGUAAGAGCUGCCGCAGCCGCGCCGCGCUGCGCGCCCACCAGCGCGCCCACGCUGUCGCUGAGCCCGCCGUUCCGGCCGGGGAACCGGGCGACCAGCCGCAGGCCGAGGCCAUCCCGGGCUUGGCCGCGAGGGCGCGGAGCUCCCAACGGUCCCCGGGGGCCCGGGACGCGCUGUGGGGCCGGGGACAAGCGGGCCUCGCUGGGCCUGGCGAGCCGCGCCAGUUCAUCUGCAACGAGUGCGGCAAGAGCUUCUCGUGGUGGUCGGCGCUCACCAUCCACCAGCGCAUCCACACGGGUGAGCGGCCCUACCCGUGCCCCGAGUGCGGCCGCCGCUUCAGCCAGAAGCCCAACCUGACGCGGCACCGGCGCAACCACACAGGCGAGCGGCCCUACCUGUGUCCCGCCUGCGGCCGUGGCUUCAGCCAGAAGCAGCACCUGCUCAAGCACCAGCGCGUGCACCGCGCGGCCCCUGCGUGCAGCCCCAAGGAGGAGGCGCGCUAGUGGACUGGACCUCAGCGGACCCGUGGUGGUGCGGGGGAUGUUUGCGGGGUGUGUGUGGGGAGUGGGGGUGGCCAGGAUUGCUGGCUCUUAGAACCCCUUAGAGCGGGACCGGUGGAUUCCUUAAGGCUCUGAAGGGCUGAGAACAGUUGUAGAAGCGUCCCAAAGGGUGCUGGGAAAGGUCCAGCGUGGGUUGAGGGAGGAGGGAAGAUCCGAGUUCCUCACCGCGGGCCGGGAUGUGACCACCCUCUUCAGAGGUUGGACCCCAGGCUUCAAGCACCGAGUGAGGGGUCUGGUGGGGACGCUGGGAGAGUCUCUGGUGUGAAGUGGCUUAGGUCUGGACUGGUCAGCUGUGGCACCAGCCGGUCCUGCCCACGCUUCAGGAUGGCCGGGGGCUGCCCCUGUGGGAGAGUUGCCAAGACUCGGCGAUACCAAGGAUGGAAGCCAGAGGCUGUGGCGAGGGAGAGCCAAGCAUAUUCCCAGCACCAGGGCCAGUGCUGGCACGUCGUAGACAUCCAAUAAAUAUUUUUGGAAGGAG